UGUACAAUAUAUUCAGCGUGGAAGUCCGAGUUCUGUUUUGAUGUGCGAGGUUUUACCAACUUGAAGGCAAAACUUAGGCCUUUCUGCGAGAUAUUUUCCAAGCUUUGCACCAUGACUGGGUUACAAAGGAACUCACCUAGGGUCCGGGCUCAGUGUGGUUGAAUUUUGUCUCGGAAAAAAUGGCGGGCGAACAAGCCGGAGCUGCGCUGCCUUCCCUGACCCCAGCAAAGUCAGAGUUGGUUGAGUUCGACAGCCGUCUUUUUGGAUUUUUGUCUCUGGAAGGACCAGAAGGGCUGCAAAAUAGAACGCUUUUGACGAAGAGGAUAUCUCAAUGUGAGAGCCAGAUCAGAAAGCGGGGAAAGACCCCAGAUCCUCAGACCUACUGCAAACUUGGACACCUCCAACUACUGAUUGGAGACUACAGCAAAGCCCUUUCAGCAUAUCAGAAGUUCUUUUCCCUUCAAGAUGACUACUGGAAGGAUGCAACAUUCUUGUAUGGCCUGGGCAUGGUGUAUUUCCACUUUGAUGCUCACCAAUGGUAA